AUGGACAUGGACAUUAUCGACGGCCUCAAAAUGAUAUCCACAUAUACAAUCCAUGGCACACUAGACACAGGAGUGCAGCCACUACUCAUGCACUGCAAGCCCUUCGAGGGUCAUAUACCUCGACUUGAUGCCGCUCUCACUCAGACCACUCGGAACAAAACGGCUCAGAGCAAGCAGCAGCGACAAUCUGGGGCGGAUCGAAGCAUACCUUGGUGGCCUGACUGGAUGGCGUCAUCAGAAGUCGACCAGAAGUUCUUGGGACGGCUAGCGAAAGCCGUCGAACAGGACAAUCCACUUUUGUCGUCGAUGCUUUUCAAAAUCCUCGGCUUGUCGCUCAAUCUUGCACACCAGCUUGUUGCCGCCAAGAAGUCCCGCCGACCGGACCCUUCGACGUCGCCAUUGUUCCUCAAGCGGGUAUUACAUAUAAUAUGGUUGUCUCGCGAGGGCUUGGUUAUGCUUCAGCAAUAUGUGAUCCCAAUGGUUGGCAACUAUGUCGAAUUGAAGGUCCUGGCCUAUAAACUACGAGCGAGUUUCCAUCACAUCUUUGUCCUGUUCCACAACCAGCCUCCAGUAUCCAACAUGGCUAGCUGGACGCCGGAAGCGAGAGAAGCGGCAAUAGCUUCGGCGGCACGAGCAGAAGCAGAAGAAAAGAAGACGACGAUAUCCGAUGGUGACGUUAUAUCCAGACCAUCAUCUGUCCAGCCGACCCAUCCCCUGGAAGGCGGGCCUGUUGGACCACCACCAGGAUUCGAAACCCACGUGGCUUUACUACCACCUUCAUUUCUGCUUCCAGAACAGGAUUAUCUUCCCACAGCCCAUCAACAUUUCCAGGAAGCAGUGAAACUUGCAGAUGAACUGCUCUGGGGGUCUCAUUCGUUGCGAUUAUCCGUCAAGACCGAAUACGCCGCAUUCCUCUAUGAAUGUGUUCAUGAUACUGAGGCAAGUCGGAGGCUUGCUAAAGAUACCAUUGCGGAGGUGUAUGACGCGACUGAGGGCAUGGACGACGACAUGUUCAAUGACGCAUGCGAACUGGUCACAGUGUUGGGCAAAAUGAUGAAGCGUGGUCUUGGGUCAUCGAAUAACACAUUGCGGAGUAAAGAUCAGAUAUCUAAUCCCGCUUCUGCCGCCAAACAAACGCCUCCACCAGGGAUGGAGAAUCCUAUAUGA